AUGGCGUGGCAAGACUCUGCGAGGGCGUUACUGGCCUCUCUGCCUCACCAACAACAACCGGAACAUCGGAAAGACAGCAUAUCACAUGCUUCAAGAUCAUCCGCUAGCGUGGAGCAUGCUUACAGUGCCACACCACGGUCACCUAGCACCAGGGUAACGCCUGGUUUACUUCAGAAGCUAGAAGACCUCAUGUUGGAAGGAGAUCUACUAGAGGUGCGGCUGGAGGAGCAGGCGCAGGUGUGGAGCGCGGUGUGGUGGUGGCGCGGCGCGGAGGGGCGGCGCGGCGGCGGCGCGGCGCGCGUGCUCGACCCGCCGCGCAGGAAGCGCACGCAGCGCGCGCCCCGCCCCCACGCGCAGCUCAAGCGCACGCGCCCGCACCACGCGCACGCGCACGCGCACGCACACGCACACGCGCACGCGCACCACGGAACAAACACUACCAAGAGUACAAUGAAGCGAGGAUCCGCCACGACGACAAAUUACUUAAAUAGGAAACAAGGCAUGUCGUCAGGGUCUGGCCUGAUGAUGAGGAAACACUACAUGGCGAGGCAGGAGAGGCGCAAACGCGGCCUUGCGGCCUCCACGCGCGGGAAACAUCCUCGCCAAUCCAGAUUAACGCAGCACCGCGGCGCGAGUGCGAGCGGGACGGGCGCGGCGAGGCGUGGCAACGCCGCGGCGCGUCGCAGCAGCUCCUCGUCCGUCUCUUCGACGUCCUCGGACGAAGACUGCGCGGCGGACAACUGCCUGCGACCCACCGGCAAGGAGGUGGACUGGGUGCAGUGCGACGGCGGCUGCGACCAGUGGUUCCACAUGCACUGCGUCGGCCUCAGCCGCGGCGCGCUGCGCGACGACGACGACUACGUGUGCGGCGCGUGCGCGCGCGACCGCCGC